CAAUGUUGAUAUUCUAAGUACUAAUUAUUCAAUCUCUCCCUUGUACAAUACUUAACCAACUAACACCACUCACUACAACACCAAACAACUCCUUUUGUUGAUGAUCUAAAACUCUGUCCUUCCCCUUAAAGAAACAGAAAAACAAAAUGCAAUAAUGGUCAAGCUAAAAGAGACACACUAAAGUUGGUGCCAUAGGACUUGCCUUAUUAAAUGCUUCACUUCCCCUCCUUUUCUAUUCAAAUUUCAAAUUCACACCUCUUUCUAAAUCACUUAACACUUUUUUCUUCUUUUCAUUGCUCUACUUUUAGUUCAAAUAUUUUCAAGUGAAAGAAAUAUAGAGUGAUGGAAACAACAAUAUGGUAGAGAAAGCUUUGUGAGGAAAUAAGCUUUGAAAAAAAAAAAGGAUCUGAAAAUGAGUACAGCAAGAUUCAUCAAAUGUGUCACUGUUGGAGAUGGAGCUGUUGGAAAGACUUGUAUGCUCAUCUCUUAUACUAGCAACACAUUUCCUACGGAUUAUGUGCCUACAGUUUUUGAUAACUUCAGUGCAAAUGUUGUGGUUGAUGGAAGCACAGUUAAUCUUGGAUUAUGGGACACUGCUGGACAAGAGGAUUACAAUAGGCUUAGGCCUUUGAGUUACAGAGGAGCAGAUGUGUUCUUGUUGGCCUUUUCCUUACUGAGCAGAGCCAGCUAUGAGAAUAUCUCUAAAAAGUGGAUUCCUGAACUGAGACAUUAUGCACCAACUGUACCGAUUGUACUUGUGGGAACCAAACUUGAUUUGAGGGAAGAUAGGCAGUAUCUGAUUGAUCAUCCUGGAGCUACACCAAUUACUACUGCCCAGGGAGAAGAGUUGAAAAGGGCAAUUGGUGCAGCUGUGUACUUAGAAUGCAGCUCCAAGACUCAGCAGAAUGUGAAGGCUGUGUUUGAUGCUGCAAUCAAGGUUGUUUUGCAGCCUCCUAAGGCAAAGAAAAAAAGAAAGAAGAACAGAUCAUGUAUUUUCCUUUAAUUGGUUGUUAAUCCAUGCUUGAUUCAUGUUGUAACAUUUUAUUGUACGGUUCAGCCUUUUGAACAUAUGUAUUUCAAACUCUACCUUCAUUACGUUUUCUUGUAUUUUUUUUGUUGUUGAUGGGUCCAAAAUGAUGUUCCUAUGUUAUAUGUAACUGCGUAUUCAAUGAUAAAUUUUGUGAUAAGAAAUAAUAGCAUUAAUGUUGCUCACAA